ACCGUGUUGAGUUGCCUUGGAGACGUCUCUGAGCUCGUUGCUGAGGCAACCAGGAGAUAAAUCACAGCGACUAGACCCGACAACUCCAUGUUCUGUUCAAUGAACUUGACAGCAAGAAAACAGUUAGCUUAACAAAACAUUCAACAUAACACAUAUCAACUGCGCAUGCGCGGGGAAUGUCCAAACCCUCUUCUCGCGAGAUCAGGACCAUCAGCAUGGCGGUGCUCCUUGAAACGACGCUGGGAGAUAUUGUUAUUGAUUUGUUUACAGAAGAAAGGCCUAAAACUUGUCUGAACUUUGUGAAACUAUGCAAGAUAAAGUACUACAACUACUGCCUCAUCCACAACGUGCAGAGAGACUUUAUUGUGCAGACUGGAGACCCCAGCGGGACGGGGCGUGGUGGAGAAUCCAUCUACAGUAAACUCUACGGGGACCAGGCGCGCUUCUUUGAUGCGGAGAAAACGCCGCGCAUCAAACACCGGAAGAAGGGAACGGUGUCCAUGGUGAACAACGGGAACGAGCAGCACGGCUCUCAGUUCCUCAUUACCACAGCGGAGAACCUGGACUAUCUGAAUGGAGUCCAUACGGUGUUUGGAGAAGUGACAGAAGGUCUGGACGUCUUGGCCAAAAUCAAUGAGACGUUUGUGGACAAGGACUUUGUCCCGUUUCAGGACAUCAGGAUAAACCACACCGUGAUCCUGGAGGACCCCUUCGAUGACCCUCCUGACCUGCCGGUGCCCGACCGCUCGCCGGAGCCGACCAGAGAGCAGCUGGAUAGCGGCCGCAUCGGAGCAGACGAGGUGAUCGAUGACACGGAUGGAAAAGGAGCGGAGGAGCUGGAGGAGAGGCUGAAGGAGAAGGAAGCCAAGACUCAGGCCAUCCUGCUGGAGAUGGUGGGAGACCUCCCUGAUGCAGACAUGAGGCCUCCAGAGAACGUUCUGUUUGUGUGCAAACUGAACCCAGUGACCACCGACGAGGACCUGGAGAUCAUCUUCUCUCGCUUUGGGACCAUCAAAAGCUGUGAGAUCAUCAGAGACUGGAAAAGUGGAGAUUCCCUCUGUUACGCCUUCAUUGAGUUUGAAAAGCAAGAAGACUGUGAGAAGGCUUACUUCAAGAUGGACAACGUGCUCAUCGAUGACCGUCGCAUCCAUGUCGACUUCAGCCAGUCGGUGGCGAAGAUCAAGUGGAAAGGCAAAGGGGGGAAGUACACCAAAGAUGACUUCAAAGCCUACGAGAAGGACGUGGAGAACCGAUCCAAACUGGCUCUCAAGGAUCAAGUCAAGCCCAAACAAGAUUCCAGGUAUGACUUGCUGAUUGAGGAGGAAGAGGAGGCAACGAGCCAUCGGCACUCAGAGAAGAAACACAAGGAGAAACGGCACCAUCAUUACUCUGAUGACGAGGAGAGCAGGAAGUCCAAAAAGCACAAAGACAGCGAGGACGGCCGGCGAGACAGAAAGACGGGACGUCAGCGAUCUCGAUCCCGCUCACGUUCCCGAUCCAGACACCGGGAGCACAAACACAGCAAAUCCCAGCUCAAACAUGAGAAGGAGGGCCGAGAUAAAGGCCACGGCCACAAGGAGCGCAGCCACAGCACCUCCUCCAAGAAGGCCAGCGAGAAGGAGCGCAGCAGGUACCGGUGAAGGAGCGCAGCAGGUACAGGUGAAGGUGAUCUGAGGCAGCAGAGUGGAGCCACAGCAUCAAUGAUCCUGAUGUUCACAAGCUAUCUAACUACUGGCUCACGUAAUUAACACUGUACCUUCUGUUUUAGAAAACAAAUUGAACGAUAACAGCGUGUUGAAGAGCAAACUUUGUUUAAGAAAUGCUUUUUUUAUAUCUAUAUUAAAAAAAAUCC